AUGGUUUUUGUUGCUGAAGCUGCGCUACUAAUCGCCAUUUUUUGUUUCUACCAUUUUAUCUACAAGAUUCGCAAAUUGCCCCCAGGGCCAACCCCAUUGCCAUUCUUUGGCAACCUUCUCCAACUUCGUUCGUCACCUCAUUGGCCUGACAAAUUUUUAGAAUGGUCUAGGAAAUACGGAAAAACCUUUACCUAUUGGUUUGGAGAACUCCCAAUUAUUGCCAUAACCGACGUCAACCUGAUACAUCAAGUUUUUGUUGAAGAUGGUGAUUCUUUUGUAAAUCGCUACACAUUGUUGAAUGAAGUUGUUCGUGGUGGAGAAAGUGGUGUCAUGUUUGCUAAUUGGGAUCAUGCUAGAGAGCAUAGACGGUUUGCAUUGAAGUUUUUUAAAGACUUUGAAAGUCAAAUGCAGGAGAAUGUAAGUUGUUUAGGUAUAGUAUACAAUGAAACUCCACUGUAACAAAUUCCUCAGAGUAGGGUAAUGUAUGGCAGUGUAUGACAAGUUAGGCUAUUUCAAAAGCUGCUAUCUUCAAUGUCUUACUUUUGCCUCUUUUUAAAAAGAUAAAACUUUUAAACCUUCCCCUACUGCAAUUUAAUAAUUUAGAUCCUAGAAGAAGUUAAAAUUUUGUUAACAAAAAUUGAGAAACAACGUGAACAGAACGACGAAUUAGAUAUGUUUUCACUGACAGAUAUUGCUAUUGGAUCAAUAUUGAAUCAGCUUUUGUUUGGUUACAAGUUUACUCAAAAUGUAAGUAUCUCCGAAAUAGUAGCUAAUCUUGUAAAAAGCCGGGAAAAAAGGCUUGGGCCUAGCCAAAACCGGUCUGAGGCUUAGCAAAAACCGUGUCAAAAUUAAACUAAACUCGGGCUGUUUAACAAGACCAAACAAACACCGGUCCAAGGCCGGUUUAAGGCUAGACCCAAGUCCUUUGGCUUUGCCAAGAACAUAUAAACAGUUGGCCAAAGACAUUCCAAGCCAGGCCAAAGCAGGAUCAAAGCCAUGUCAAGGCCGUGAAAGGCAAAAUCAAAGCCAAACAAUAACUGGGACAAGACUAAGCCAAAGCUCCAAAGCCGAGCUAAAAUUAAGCCAAAGUCAAACUAUAGCUGAGCGAAGACCAACCUAAAUCAGGGCUAACGCCUGUCUAAAGCCGAGCCAACUGCUAAGGCCUGUCCUUAGUAGGCCUAUUUUUAGGUUGGGAUUUAAAACGCUACGUUAUCCCUCUUCCGCCUUUAAACUUAUAAUCUAAAACUUACUUUUCAGAACAAAGAACACGAAUUCUACCGUAUCAAAGAGCAGGUUACAAAAGUAAAAAGUUUGUUUUCUAACGUCGUACUACUAAUUUCGCUAACAAUACUAUUCUUUAAUGUAAUCCCUAUUUAUCUUAUCAAAAACAGAUGCUUUAACAUCUGUAAGGCUUACGACGAACUACUCAGCGAUCUUAAUUUGAACAUUUCUAAACAUUGUGAACGUCUUUGCUCGGAAAACAUUACAAAACCAAAAGACUACGUUGAAGCACACCUACAUGAAGCUCCACAAAAGAAUCCUCAUUUAUUGUCAGAAGACCAACAUGAAGACUCUUCAGCCAUUUCCGUGGAUAUUCAACUCAAACAUGUAGUGUUAGACUUCUGGCUAGCUGGACAAGAAACCACUAGUAGCCUUUUAACCUGGGGCUUAGCCUACCUUAUCCACAACCCUGAUGUUCAAAGGAAAGCUCAUGAAGAGUUGGAGAUAGUGGUCGGAACCAACCGUCUUAUCACCAACAGUGACAAACCUUAUCUACCCUACAUUAACGCAUUGUGUAUGGAAGUGGAACGAUGUGCCAAUGUUAUGACUGAGAACGUGCUUCGAGUAGCUUCAGCUGACUACAAUUUGAAUGGCUAUGAGAUCAAGAAGGGUCAGCUGUGUGUUGCUCAGGUGUCAGCGUUGAUGGAAGAUGAAGAGGUGUUUACCGACCCUAAGGCGUUUAAGCCAGAACGGUUCUUGGAUAAAAAAGAACAAGUUGCAAAGUGCAAUGAUCUUAUGCCAUUUGGUGUUGGAAAGCGGUCUUGUUUGGGCGAAUCGUUGGCUAGCAUGGAAUGGUUCCUCUUCUUGGCUAAUUUAAUCAACCGGUAUAGUGUAAGUGAAUUUAUCAAGGGUCUAGCUCAAGAUGACGGUUCGAAAGUUAAGGUAUGGUAGGGUAAGGUAAGGUUGAGUAGGGUAUGAUAAAGCAGGGUAGGAUAAGGGUGAGUAAAGUGAGAUAGGAUAGGGAAGCGUAGGGUGAGUAAGAUUAGGUAGAGUAGGGCAGAGUAGGAUAAAGCAAUAUGCCAGUUAAAGACCAUUUUUCAUAUUUUCAGUUCCUACCUUACAAAGAAAUGCCAAUUUUGCAAAAAUGGCCCGCAGGCUAUUCAAGUGGAAUCAAACCAUACAAAUGCCGAGUUAUACCUAAAGACCAACGAGUGUAUUAG